UUUACAUUUUCUUGCUUUUACUUUGAUGGGUGACUCGUUGCGAUGCUAUCCAAGUCAAAGGUCACAGUCAGCAUGGCGAACUCUGUGAACAUUUGUUUAGAAUUCAGCGGAGGUGCCGAGCUGCUGUUUGACAUGGUGAAGAAACAUGACGUCAGCCUGCCGGGAAACAGCCAGCCUUGGACCAUCAAGUCCCUUCUGGUGUGGAUUAAGGAGAACCUGCUGAAGGAGAGGCCAGAACUGUUUGUACAGGGAGACACUGUGAGACCAGGGAUCUUGGUGCUUAUCAACGAUGUGGACUGGGAACUCAUGGGAGAGUUGGAGUAUCAGCUGGAAGAAAACGACAGAAUAGUUUUCAUUUCAACAUUACACGGAGGCUGACACUUAUUUACCAAAAACUUGUUCAACAAGAUGUAAGAAAAUAUCUUGUAGUAGAAUAUUUUAAAGGAUUGUACAUGUAAUGUGUUCUAAUUUGAUAUGUUAUAAGUCUUAAUAAGGACAUAACUAAGGAUUUUUUAAUUUUAUUUUUUACCUAAGCGCAUUGAAAGCUUGUUUACAGUAAGCACAAUCUUGUAAAUUUCAGGAGUGAGCAAAGAGGUUUAGUUAUGCCCCAUUGAUGAUCGAGUGUGAUUCAAUGAGCCAGAAGAUUUGAAAAUCCACGAAUGUUGUUUAUGUAACUACAAUGAUAAAUGUUACUGAAUGAGGUUCAUUUCCAUAUUUCAAAUAGGAAUGUAUGAGAUGACAAUACUUUGUUGCUUAUAAUCAUUAACAUUUGCAUCAAAAUGCACAUUUGUUGGUCCGAUUUGGACCUGGACAUUAAACAACACUCGUCAUAACAG